AUGUCUUCUUCCGCUUCCUUUGAGCCCAUGCCGGCGACGGCCGCGGCCACAGUUGCAAAAUAUCACAUCAUCUCGCCAGAUUUCCCAGGCCAUUUGGAGCUGGAGAUUAGCCAGGCCGAACAUCGCGUCAACCUCAUCAACUUCUGGCAGAUUCCGCCAGGCAGCCGCGUCCUCGAGAUCGGAUGUGGUCAAGGCACAACUACUGCGGUCUUGGCCGAAGCCGUCGGGCCCACUGGCCAUGUUGAUGCCGUAGACCCUGGUCCGCCAGAGUACGGAUCUCCCUGGACACUUGCUCAGGCCCAAGAGCAUCUCUUGGUCGGCGUGGUCGGCGACCGUAUCUCGUGGAACUUUGCCGAUCCGAUCGACUACCUGGCUGAGAAUGCUGACAAGUCGUGGGACUACGUCGUCUUUGCCCACUGCAUCUGGUACUUUGAUUCGCCUGCCACGCUCACCAAGAUGCUGGGCGCCUUGAGGGGGCGAGCCAAGUCUCUCCUCAUCGCGGAAUACGCCCUCAAGGCGACGCAGACGAAUGCCCUGCCACACGUCCUUGCUUCGGUGGCCCGAGCCACCCUCGAGGCACACAACAAAAACAGCAUGGCCAACAUCCGCUGUCUCUCCAGCCCCGGCGCCAUCACCGACGCUUCAAAGGAGAAUGGUUGGGUUCUUGAUGAAGAGGCCAUUGUGGUGCCAGAUGAGGGACUCUUGGAUGGCCACUGGGAGACGGGAACUGUCAAUAGUCCUAAAUUUUUGGAUGAAAUUGAGAAGAACGUUGAGGACCCAAAGGUCAAGGCGCUUUUGCGAUCUGCUAGAGAUGGCGUUAUUGGAGUUUUGGACACUUUUGGAUUGAAGAAGUCGUGGACUAUGGAUGUUUGGGUCGCCAAGUUCCACUGA